CAGACUUCAGGGCAACACUAACGCAGACAUCUCAAUUUGCAAUCCAAAAAGCUUUCCUCUUAAACUUCACAAAUGCAACUCCACGGAAACCCUAAAUCAUCACCUGGCUAAGGUCUCGUGGAAAUCAACAGAUGGGGUUUUUGAAUCGAACUUCAAGGACACUGCGACCGCUGGGGCUCUCGUCGUUGUUAUAUGGUUCCUCUGCUUUUAGUCCAUUGUCUGAUACAUUUAGAGGAAAUUUCUAUGGGUCUAAGUUAGAUUGGCGCUAUCUUGGUUGUUGGCGUGCCUUUUGUUCUCAUUCCCGCCGAACUUCCAAGGAGAAUAACGUGGAUUUGAUUCAGUAUCCUUCUGAAAGGAUUCGGAAUUUUUCUAUCAUUGCCCACGUUGAUCAUGGGAAGUCUACACUCGCUGAUCGUCUUUUGGAGCUCACGGGCACGAUUAAGAGAGGUCACGGUCAGCCGCAGUACCUCGAUAAAUUGCAGGUAGAGAGGGAACGGGGAAUCACAGUUAAAGCUCAGACUGCAACUAUGUUCUAUAAGCAUAAUUUUCAAUGUCCUCUGAAUACUGAUGCACAAGAUUCACCAUAUUUCUUACUAAACCUAAUUGACACACCUGGUCAUGUGGAUUUUAGCUAUGAAGUAUCAAGAUCUCUUGCAGCUUGCCAGGGUGCUCUUUUGGUUGUUGAUGCUGCUCAAGGUGUUCAGGCUCAGACGGUUGCUAACUUCUAUCUUGCUUUCGAGUCUAACCUGACCAUAAUUCCCGUUAUAAAUAAAAUUGACCAGCCAACCGCUGACCCUGAUCGGAUUAAGGCCCAGCUGAAAUCCAUGUUUGAUCUUGACCCUGAAGCUGCUCUUUUGACUUCUGCAAAAACUGGUCAAGGUCUGGAGUAUGUUCUUCCUGCUGUCAUAGAGCGGAUACCUCCACCUCCUGGGAAGAGUAGUUUACCUCUAAGGAUGCUUUUACUGGAUUCUUAUUAUGAUGAGUACAAAGGAGUAAUCUGCCAUGUUGCAGUUGUUGAUGGUGCUUUGCGUAAGGGGGAUAAGAUUUCAUCUGCAGCAACUGGACAAGCUUAUGAAGUACUGGAUGUCGGGAUUAUGCAUCCCGAACUCACAUCUACUGGGGUGCUUCUGACUGGACAAGUGGGUUAUGUUGUUAGUGGUAUGCGUUCAACCAAAGAGGCACGUGUUGGAGAUACUCUUUGUCACACUCGAAAUGUUGUAGAGCCUCUUCCAGGUUUCAAGCCUGCAAAACAUAUGGUUUUUUCUGGUCUUUAUCCUGUGGAUGGAUCUGAUUUUGAAGCUCUUAACCACGCAAUAGAGAGACUCACAUGCAAUGAUGCCAGUGUCUCUGUUACUAAAGAGAGUAGCACAGCACUCGGCCUGGGUUUCAGGUGUGGUUUCUUAGGGUUACUUCAUAUGGAUGUCUUUCAUCAGCGGCUUGAACAAGAAUAUGGAGCUAGUGUCAUUUCUACUGUUCCAACUGUACCAUAUAUAUUCGAGUAUUCAGAUGGAAGCAAAGUGCAAGUACAGAAUCCAGCUGCUCUGUUAUCCAAUCCUGGUAAACGUGUAACGGCAUGUUGGGAACCAACUGUUAUGGCCACCAUUAUUUUUCCUAGUGAGUAUGUGGGACCAGUUAUUACCCUUUGCUCUGAACGGAGAGGAGAGCAAUUGGAGUAUUCAUUCAUUGAUAGUCAGCGGGCUUUCAUGAAGUAUCGGCUACCAUUGAGGGAAAUUGUUGUGGAUUUCUACAAUGAAUUGAAGAGUAUAACAUCUGGAUAUGCAUCAUUCGAUUAUGAGGAUGCAGAGUAUUUAAAGUCUGAUCUGGUGAAGCUUGAUAUCCUCUUGAAUGGACAACCUGUUGACGCUAUGGCCACCAUUGUUCACAAUCUGAAAGCACAGCGAGUUGGUCGUGAGCUGGUGGAAAAACUGAAGAAAUUUAUAGACAGGCAAAUGUUUGAGAUUACAAUACAAGCUGCUAUUGGAUCAAAGAUUGUAGCAAGGGAAACGAUAUCGGCAAUGAGGAAGAAUGUUCUUGCAAAGUGCUAUGGUGGUGAUGUUACUCGAAAGAGGAAACUGCUGGAGAAGCAGAAGGAAGGAAAGAAGCGCAUGAAACGUGUAGGGUCUGUUGAUAUACCACAGGAGGCUUUUCACGAGCUUCUAAAAGUGUCCUGAGUAGAAACUAUCAAAGUAGUGUCUUUUGCAGAGGUACCCGAAGGGAUUGUCAAAUUUUUAACUGAUCUAAUUUUUAGUAAUUUCUGAUUCUUUUUUGUUUAUUGCUCUAUUCAUAAAGGCUAUUGUAUUUAAUACAUUGUUCCUAAGCCGCCUUCCCCCGUCCUUUUGAUGAGGGUAUUCAACAGAGGAUUUAGUUAUUGUGCCAAGAACUACUAUUCGUUUAAGCAGUGGAAUUCACAGAAUCCAUUUUCUUCAUACUCUAGAUAAAUGUAUAGAAGGUUUUUGCUUCCUGAUCUC